AUGUGGAACUCUAGGAGAAAUUUCGCUCAUACGAACUUGCAGAUUAAAAGGAAGAAAGAAGAUUUUGAAAAAUGUUUGGCAAGUCAGCUCGCUGAUAUCAUCAAAAAUAUAGGUCUGAGCACAAAUUCAAAAAUCAAUAAAGUAACUUGGUGGGCGAACAUGGCAACAGCGAGUUUUGUGGUUUACUGCUGCCUACAAACCGUAGCGCUCGUGACAGCACAAGACAGCAAACGACUAUUCGAAUGCUUCAGUGUUUUAAGCUUCUGUAUGAUGGGAAUAAUAAAACUAUUUUCUUUGCGGAUGUACCGAAAAAGAUGGCUGCAUUUAUUGGCUCAAAUGAAAAAACUAGAAAAUAACCAUAUUCAUCUCGAAAUACCUGAUGGAGAGUACGAAUCUGACAAUGAGUCUCUUGAUAUGACAACUUUUGUUCAAGAUUACACGGCACAAUUUGAUGAAACUUCAAGUUUAUUGUCCCGGGUAUACAGGUCUACGGCAGUAGUUUUUAUACUAUCGCCGUUCAUAGAAUACAUAUACCUCAACUUGACUGGCGGUUCUUCUGAAUACCCUCAUAUUCUUCCUUGCUGGGCUCCGCUAGACAAGAUGCAUAUUGUAGGAUAUUUAGUGACAAUUAUUUUCGAAUGUAUAGCUGCUAUUUACUGCGUGGUUGUACAUCUAGCAUUCGAUUGUUCUUCAGCAGGAGUAAUGAUUUUUGUAAAAGGCCAGUUUCUAUUAUUACGUAAAUAUACCGAAAACAUAGCGGGUAAAGGAAAAAAAUGCGAUAUUAUCGAGAAAAGAGACAAGCGCGCAAAUUAUCGCAUCAAAUACAGCCAUCAAACAUCAAUAUUAUUAAAAAACAUUGUAAAAGAGUUUGAAAACUUACUAAAGAACAUCAUGGGAAUAUACUAUUCCGUAGUCACUCUAACACUGUGUUCAGUCGCAAUGCGCUUGAAGACGGAAGUGCUUAGCCCCGCUCAACUUCUUUCGCUUUUGCAAUACUUGGGAGAGUACGGUGUGGCUCGGGCAAGGACCUACAGGCGCCUCGUACUGGUGCAUCAAUCCACGGAGUCGCAAAAAAUUGGCAAUACUUUCUGUAGGUUUGGUGCGGUCUCAUCGACUAAGAGCGGGCCCGUUCCACUUCCUAGACCUACCGUCAUUUACUAUGAUAGUACGUGCCGCUUACAGCUAUUAUGCAGUCUUAGGCAAGGCUUAAUUUGAAAUAUAUGAUGAUAUAACCUUCAGAAUAAUAAUAAAUUGUGAAAAGUUUUGCACGUCAAUCACAAUAAAUGGUAGAUGAAAU